ACAGAGCGCUCGAGUGUUGCCAUGGCGCAUGCUUUGACCGAUACGUUUAAUUUAAUUAGUGCGAAGAGUUAUUUUGUGUUACUGUGAUUUUGUGAUGUGUUUUAACAUAUAUACUAUUGAAAACACUUGGAUUAUUUUGGAUUGUUUUUCGGAAAAGGGAUGGCUAAACGUCGGAAGCUGUGAUCCGCCCCUGCGCGGCGCGGUGCGCGAUGGAUUGCUACGUACCCAACAAUCCGCAGUUCCUGGGCUGCUGCCACGGGCUCUGUUGCGACCCACUGCAGCCCUGCUCUUGCGACCAGCUUAGAGAGCUGCCAGAGGACUGCUGCCAGCAAGAAACCGAGAACUGCUGUCCAGAUAAUGGAGACGAUCUCAACGCACUGAGCGAUUCUAUCGCCCCGUGCGACGUUGGGCUUGGCGAUGUGAGCGAACCGAAUUGGCCCGCUGAGGACAUGGGCUCCUUCUCCCUACCUCCCCUUGAACUGGAUCCGCUGCCUUCACUCUUCCCCUUUUCACCAUGCUCUGGUUAUAACAGGAAUAACGGGGGAGAAUGCAGGGAACGGGGAGGUGGGGAAGCGGCGGACGUCCUCCUCUCCUUAAAACACGCCGUCGUCCAUGGCGACUGCGCGGCAGACACCGUUCACCCACAGAUGGUGGUAAACAGUGGUGGAGGGUACCCGUACUAUGAGCACUACAGUGGUACCCCCCUUUUUCCCACCAUGAGUGUCAAUGUUUCUAUGAACAUGACUAUGCAUGGCUGUCCAGCGGACCAGUUGUGUUCUCAAGUGCAAUGGAAUCAGAAUACCGCUGCCCCAUCCGUGAAUGUCGUCUAUCCCCAAACACAAAAUGUCAUCCCCACUUCCUACCCGUCCGCCACGUACUCAUUCACAGCAGACUUUAGAACACCAAACCAAUCAGACCCAUUAAUAACGGCGACAUCCACAUUCAAGCCAUUACAGUUACAAAACGCCCAAAAGCCAAAUCCAAAUUAUCUCUUCCAACAAAAGCCAAAUUUCUCAAAUCAAAAGAAUAUGGGGCAAGUCUUGAAACGGUCGCCGUCGAAGAUGUACAUGCAAGAAAGUCCGAAAGAGCAGAUGAAUAAUAAUAAUGGUUAUAUAUUGAAUCAUCAAGGACCUGUGCAUCAAGAUUAUGGAUACACAACGUGUGUUAACGCGUCGGGUAAAGUUCAGGUUGGUGCUCUAAGUGGAUGUUCGGAGGACGACGAGCAAAAGCCGAAUUUGUGCAGAAUAUGUGGUAAAACAUACGCAAGGCCGAGCACCCUUAAGACUCAUCUGCGUACGCACUCAGGCGAACGACCUUACAGAUGCGGAGACUGCAAUAAGAGUUUCUCGCAAGCAGCUAAUCUGACUGCUCAUGUUCGUACACAUACAGGCCAGAAACCGUUUAGGUGCCCGAUAUGUGACAGGCGAUUUAGUCAAAGUUCAAGUGUUACGACGCAUAUGAGAACACAUUCAGGAGAACGACCAUAUCAAUGUCGCUCUUGCAAAAAGGCGUUUUCAGACAGUUCGACAUUAACUAAACAUUUGAGAAUACAUUCGGGUGAAAAACCUUAUCAGUGUAAAUUAUGUCUACUCAGAUUUUCACAAUCUGGUAACUUGAAUAGGCACAUGCGUGUACACGGCAACAUGUCUGGCGGAAUGCUCGGCUGACACAUGUAGCAUUACACUCUACCGCGGUUUUAAGCAAAUACUUGUUAUGAAACUGUGGAAGAAUUUUGGAAGGAACCUAUGUCACGAAAACCUUCAUACAGCGAUAUAAAAACUGGUUUAUCGUAAUUUAAGCGGUUAAAUACGAAAAUGUUUUAGGACUAUCAAUUGACUUUAUACAUUUAUUAUAGUAUGGCAAUACGCAGCAUGCUAU